UUUUUUUUCCAGCCACGUGUUCGCCGACAAAGAAACAUCUUAAUUGACAGUGCAAACAACAGCAAGCUGUGCCCAAACCUAUUAUGUAUCGUAUUGAAAGGGCUUGCGAUUGCACUAUUUCUCUUUGGGGAUCACUAGCUAGAUCUGAAAAAUCAUCGGUAUCUCUUUGUACAGUCGGUGCUAGUUGAUGUGUGACCCUUGCGUCAGGUUACAUUUGUUGCCAAUUUUAAUUUCUGACAAUUAUGCAGCGUCUUACUUUGUAGCGUUUGCUAAUUUUAUUUUGCCGCCUCUUCCGUAGAUAAGGUUCUGUUCACCUUGUGAAUGUUUAAUGUGGUUUUGUUUAAAUAAUGGCGUUCUUAGGAUAUGGCUGUAACAGAAAGAACCUGUCUACAUUAAUUUGAACGGGCGAUUCCCCCUCGAAGCAAGUGAUUUACCCACGUUUAAAUUAAACCAGUGGGGUUUCUACAAGCUUCGCGACUCUUGGCUUAUGUUAGCGUUUCUUUAGGGUUGGGGUGGAAGGAGAUUUGAUUCUGAUGUCAAUUUCAGUAAAUUACGUAGAUGGGGGAGUUGUAUAGCGACAGGAAAUACAGAAAAAGGUAUCGUAAGAAAGAUUUCUGUUAAUUUAAAUCUUCAAAACAUCGCCUCUGCAAUCACUAAAAUAUUAUGUGAAUUCGUGUAAACGUUUUAUGCUGAUCAUUGUAAGGUUCUGUUUACAAACACUAUAAUUCUAUAUGUUUCAUUUACAAUUGGGGGCGAGGUUACUUUCACCAACGAAUGGCAAAGAGAUGCCACAAAAAGCUCCUCCCACACCACCCGUCUGAUGCAACUCCCAGCUGCUUCUUAUAUUAGUUGGAAAGAUCUUCCUUUCAUUCCAGACGAGAUACACGCCGGAGUAACAUAGUUUCAAUAUUUGUUCUGUGGAUUAUUCGGAUAUAACUUCAACCUAUGAAAGUACAGUCCUUAUAAAUAAAUAUAUAUAUAUAUAUAUAUUUCGACUGGACCAACAUUCAAAUCAGGCAGCCUGAAAAUUGACCGUUAGAAAGCAAACCUUCGCCGCUUGAAAUAAAUCGAACUCUAUUAAGCGCUGCUUCCUGUUUUACUCUGAUAUUUUGGCUCCAAAGUAGCGAUCUACUGCUUCAUAUAUCGAACUAAAGGAGCAAAGAGCCAUAUCGAGAAGGUCAUCGUCUGGGAGGGACCACACGGACAAAGCACAGGCAAAAAAGGCAAAUCUCUGGAAAAAGGGUCAGGGUUGCACAUAUAUUUCCAGCAACAACAAGAGGAGAAGAACCCAAUACAAAAUUAGAAGUGUUUCAGAAAUCGACUGGCGAUACCAUGACUAUAACGGAGAUGAACAAAUUUAACAUCAGUCCUGAUGACGACAGCAGUAGCACGAACAGUAAUGAAUACAACUACACAGAAAAUGCUACCACUAAAAAGGUUCCCAUCAGUAGUCAGUAUGUCGAUAUUGAUGCAGAAAGCCAGAAUUUUCUGCCAAAUUUAUACUAUGGGAAAAAGAAAUUUGAAGAAGAAUAUAGAGCUGGAAAUACCUCAUUCGGAAUUUCUGCAUUUAACCUCAGCAAUGCGAUCAUGGGCAGUGGAAUUCUUGGACUGGCAUAUGCCAUGGCUAACACUGGAAUCGCACUUUUUGUGAUCCUUUUGAGUGCUGUAGCAAUAUUUUCAUUAUAUUCUAUACAUCUUUUGUUGAAGACUGCAAAAGAAGGAGGUUCACUGGUCUAUGAACAACUGGGACUCAGAGCAUUUGGGCUGCCUGGGAAAUUGGCAGCAUCUAUUUCAAUUACAAUGCAGAACUUUGGAGCUACAUCAAGCUACCUCUACAUAGUGAAAUACGAGCUACCAAUAGUCAUUCAAGCUUUCCUGGGACUUGAGGAAAAUACUGGGCAUUGGUAUCUGAAUGGUGAUUACUUGGUCCUUAUGGUGUCUUUCAUCAUAAUUCUUCCUCUGUCUCUUCUGAAGAACUUAGGUUACCUGGGCUAUACCAGUGGGCUGUCUCUUCUUUGCAUGCUUUUUUUCCUAAUAGUUGUAAUUCACAAGAGCGCUCAUAUCCCUUGUCCAUUGCCUGAUCUGGAACAAGAUCUAGAGAAUGCAACCUUGAAUGCAACCUUAAUAAUGGCUGCAACAGCUGCUUACAAAACAGUUACAAGUGGAUCCGAGCUCACUUUAGCAUUUAAUGCAACAGAUGAGGACAUUUGCAAGCCAAAAUACUUUAUCUUCAAUUCACAGACUGUCUAUGCCUUCCCAAUUCUGACAUUUGCAUUUGUGUGUCAUCCAGCUGUUCUUCCCAUCUAUGAAGAACUCAAAGACCGGUCCCGCAAGAAAAUGCAGAGGGUUUCCAAUGUUUCAUUUCUCUUUAUAUUUAUUAUGUACUUGUUGGCUGCUCUUUUUGGUUACCUUACCUUCAAUGGAGAAGUUGAGCCAGAAUUGCUUCACACUUAUUCAAAAGUAUAUCGAUUUGAUAUUGUCCUCCUUAUUGUUCAGCUGGCAGUGCUCGUUGCAGUCAUACUGACAGUUCCAGUUGUUCUAUUUCCAAUUCGUACCUCAGUUCAACAGAUGCUAUUUUCUAGCAAAGAAUUUAGUUGGAUACGUCACACUAUAAUCACUGUUGUAAUUCUGGGUUCUAUUAAUUGCCUGGUGAUCUUUGUUCCUACCAUUCGGGAUAUCUUUGGAUUCAUAGGUUCCUCUGCUGCUGCUAUGUUAAUCUUCAUACUGCCUUCUGCAUUUUACCUCAAACUUGUAAAGAAAGAGCCUAUGAAGUCAAUGCAGAAGAUUUGGGCAUUAAUUUUCCUUAUUUGUGGCAUAUUUGUUAUGAUUGGAAGCAUGACCCUCAUCAUUCUCGACUGGACCCACCAUGCACCAACGAGCGAUGGUCAUUAAGCUGCUACAGAUGUAAACCACAUACUCAAAUGAAAGGAAAAGGCAUUCUAUGAAUCUUUCUCCCGAAGAACAACAACUAUAUUUAUUUUCCCCCAUCAAAAUUCCAAGAACUCAGGAAGGCAGACUUCACAUUUGCUGUCUUCCUAGAAGAUAGGAAUUGUUUUCCAAAGAGUAGAUUAUAUAUAUAAUCAUUAUUGAGUAAUGUGGGACCCAAGCAGUAAUAAUGCCAUUCCUAGCGAAUGGACUGAUUGGUGUACAGUAUGUAUUUAUAAGGCCACAUGCUUGGCAGAACAAAAUGUUCGACCCUUAAAAAAUUGACUUUUGUUUGUAGAUACAGUAUCUAAAUUCCCGUAGGUGUACCUGAAUAGUUCACUGUAUAUUGGUAGGUGAAAAGUAGCACGUAAACAUAUAAUAAUAUUUUUGACCUUUUUUAAAAAAAGGCUAUUUGUGGACAUAGGCUUGACUAGUUCAAUUUUAAGACAGUAAUCUGAAUUUUUAGUUGAGAGUUGUGUUUACUUCAGUUCAGAAUGUAAUGUUUAUGAAGAUAACACAUUGACAGAUAUGACACAAUGGAAAGCUCUUACUCUGAAACAGCCAGCUUAUCUUACAGAAGUGCUAUAACAUCCCUUAAUUGGCAAGAGCUUGAACUGUAUAGAGUUAAGCAUGGUAUCAUACCUUGUCAAAAAUUUAGCAUGUUCAGAGUAUUUCUGUGAAGCUGGAUUUUUUUGUUUAACAAUGCUGUUUGUUACAGUACAACAAUGUGUAUAAUAAGUAUGAGAUAAUUAGCAUCUAGAAUCUGAAUUAACAAACCGAUUGAAAUAGGUUUUACACUUUGCAAAUAAAUUUUGUACCAUGUGUUCAUUACAGUUGCGGCAUUUAUUCAGACCUGCCAGCAACUUAUUCCACUUCUUAAACAUUUUAAGUACUGUACUUGCUAACCAUUCUGCUUGUUGUCAGCAGUUGCUGGGCAUGCGAUGUAAGUGGGAGAACAGUCUCAUUGUGGAGUGCCAUUUUGUUUUCUGCUAAUAAACAUCAGAGGCACACUUUGUAGUACCUGUAUUGAAUGCUUCACAAAGUGCACUCGUGACAAUGUAUGAGCAGAAAAACACCAUUACAUUGUCCCUUCUAUAUCACAUGUUUGAAACCAAGCAGCAGUUGUUGAGAGUUGAAAUUGUGUGAUUGUAAUGAACAAUAUGGUACUUUUAUCAACAACUAAAGCUGAAAAAAACACUGAACUACUCACUUCCUGUCUGUUUACAUAUCCCUUUGCCAUCUGUUGCCACUACAAAAAAAUUGCUGAAGACUUUAGCAUUGUCACUGAUAAGUGACAACAAACUAGUGAAAUAUGGCAGCAGUGGAACUUAGAAAGAGGGACCUAAGAUGAAAAUAUGAAAUUUCAUCAAAAGUAAUGUUAUAUUUCAGUAUUUGCCUAUCAAUCCUGACUGAUUUUCUGCCUCCCAGUGUUGUAAUGUUAUCCUGCUGUCACCCUGGUUACUUGAAAGAAAACUUACACAUUGUGCUUCCUAUGACAGUUCCUGCUCUGAUGUGUUUUUUUUAAUUUGCUGUUUGUCAUGGAAUAUUUAUACACCUGGAGGAAAUCAGUAUAAUUUAACAUAUUUAUGACUAUGUAAAUAAAAUGUACAUAAUCUUGGAUAAUGUGUACAUAUAUUGUCAAUAUUUAAGAGGUAUUAUGGUUCUAUGGAGUCCUUAUGAGAACAUUUAAUGGACCCUCAUUUAAGUCAGCAAAUAAAAACAAUGGUGGUUUGAAGAACUUUGGCUGACUACUGGUAGAAGUAACUCUGUUUCAGUGCUUUGUGUUUACUUUGUUCAACCUAACUUGUGUAACACAAUGUCAAGUGCUAAAACGGUGUGAUCAUGCCAAACUGGUGAAUGAACUGGCACAAUGUAAUUGUUUGUAAUGAGUGACUGAACAUUCGUAAGUUCUGGAUCGCUGGUCGCUGCUGUCAAACAGAACCUCAGUUUUUCAACCUUGAAACCAUAUCUGAUUUGAUGGAAAGGACUUGAGUAAAUUGUGGUUAAUGAAAAUUAAUAUUUGAAGAGUUCACUGUUACAAAAAACUCGACCAUUGCCCAUUCUAAAAAUGUGAAACAAUGGACCAAUUAAUCUGACAAUUUUUAAUUCUCUUUGGGCAAAUGUUACAAAACGCAUUAGGAUGACCUGUGACUUACUACUGAAGUUCAUGUUUUGAAAAGAAACACCAGAACUUUAACAAAAUGUUUGUGCAUUAAUAUUACUUGUAUAAUUCACCUUAAAUAUUUGUACCAGUGUAAGCAUGCAGUACAGAAAGCUUAUAAAGCAUGACUGCUGCCUUUAGCAUAUCCUUUUAGUUCAUGUGGGUAGAAUGCCUUCAUGUAUGUUGCAUUUUCAGACACUGUUAAAGGCUCUCCCUGACAUUAUGUAAAAGUCAUCUUGUAUGUAUAUUUCUAUACCGUUAACUGUGAAAGGCUGACAAUGUGGAUGGAGGGAUUUUGGUUGUUAGCAAAGAGAGUCCAUUAUUGCCAAUGCUACACUCUUGUUUCAAUGAAACACUGACUGUACUGUAUAUAUUGUAAAUAAAGUUAUACUCUGAAACAA